ACCCCGAGGUGCCUCAGGAAAACCACAGCCCGGCCGGCUUCUCCCCGGCUCGCGCUCUCUAUGCUCAUAUUUGGAGUUGCCUGGGCAGCCGGUGCCCAGGAAUUUCCCGUCAUGCCUCUCCGAGAGGCGGCUGGGCCUGUCAUUUGGCCGGGCCGUAGGCGGGCGGCGUAGCUGAGGGGGAGACGGUGCCUUCAGCCCCGGCUGCUGCUGCUGCUGUUUCUUCUCCUUCUCCUCCUUGUUCUUCCCGCGUUUACUUUCCGCCUGCCGCCCUCCAUGCGCGCGGAGUUUCCCUCGCUGCUGCUCAACUUCUCUUGCCUUGUGGCGGCCGCUGCGCCGGUGGCAGAAGUGGUGAUCCAUUUUCGGUCUGAGGGCCAUAUUUCCUCAUGGGCAGCCUCAUGGGCAGCCACAUACCAGUGGUGGGCAGGGCCCAGGGUCAACAAUUCUACUCUUCUACUGGAUUCUACCUUUGUCCAGUAGGCUAUAUUACAGCUACCCAAAAGUCAGGCAUUUCUACACCCUGACCCACCACCCUCAACAACUCUCUUCAAACAAGCAAGAAGUGUUUUUUAUCACAGUUCAAGAACACAUUGCAGCCAGGCGAAAGCACCUGAGGACAGUGCAGAGCAGGACCAGUGAUGGGUAUCGCCUGGGGAGAAUCUUCAGGGAAGACAGAAGUCCAUAGAGGGCCACAUUUGUAUCCCAGGCUGGUUAUUCCCCACCUGAGCUCUAUUACAACACCAGAAUGUGCUCACUGCACUUUCUUGGGCAUCAUCCUUGAUCUCUGAAAAUUUCCUACACUAAAUGCCUCAUCAACAGGAUGCCUAUGGAUGCCUAUGCAUUGCCUGACCUCAUUGUAUGAGUCACCAUAGCCCUGCUUGAUCCUCUAGUGUGUAUUACCUUUUGCAUACUAUGACUCUGCCACCUAUAUUCAUUUUCCAUACUGUCUACUGGAUGAGUUGGUCUUUUUAUAUAUUCUGCCAAGAGUAUGGAAUUCUCCCUUUUCCUAACUCACAGCAGCUAUAAGCAGAUGGAGCGUAGUUUCUGGGAAACACAAGGAACUGCUUGACUCACAGUCUUUGACACAAGCCAGAUGGCUGCAAUUGGUAGGCGCACAGGCUGCCUGGUACUACAGUUGAUGAAACAGAAUAGGAAGACGUUUUAUGAUCAGCUGCGGGAGCACAAUAAGACUCCAGCUUUGCUAGGGUCACGUAGGGAUAAAAAGAACUGUAAGGUGGUCUUCUCCCAGCAAGAACUGCGGAAGCGGCUGACACCUUUGCAAUACCAUGUUACUCAGGAGAAAGGGACUGAGAGUGCCUUUGAAGGAGAAUACACACAUCACAAAGCUCAUGGAAUAUACAAAUGUGUUGUUUGUGGAACUCCUUUGUUCAAAUCAGAAACAAAGUUUGACUCCAAUUCAGGUUGGCCUUCAUUCUAUGAUGUGAUGGCUUCUGACAGAAUUACAUUCACUGAUGACUACUCCUACGGGAUGCACAGGGUUGAGACAAGCUGCAGUCAGUGUGGUGCUCACCUUGGACAUAUUUUUGACGAUGGGCCUCGUCCAUCCGGCAAACGAUACUGCAUAAAUUCAGCUUCAUUGUCUUUUGAGUCUGCAGACAAGAACCAUGCUGGAGAAGGAAGCAUCAGCGCGACUUCUGCCCAACCAGACAAGACAGAGCUGUAGAAGAAAGAUAGUUUCUCACAAAGCUUAUUUUCCCAGAUGACUCUUAAAGAAUGUUAUUCUAAAUUGCCUUCUACCUUAUAUGUUUUUAAAAAACACAAAACCUUUUAGGGAUAUUCUGCACUAUCAGUUUUUUUGUGUAUCAAAAUGAGGCCUUGUGUGUGCCAAUGUAUUUUUGUUAUAUAAUCACACUUAAAUAAUUGUCAACUUACAUGCAGUGGGGAACCUCAUAACAAAAGGGUAUUUAGCACUAUGGGUUAUUAAUCUCCACUUAGUGCUUUGUUAAAAUAGGUUUGAAUAAUAUCCCUCCUCCUUUCUGAGGGAGCAGGCUGUAGUUCAUUCAUUGCAGAACUGUAGUGUAUAUACAGAAGUCUCUUAAUAUCUCAUCACUUCAGCGAUUUUGUUCUGAUUUACAUGACAUGUGUACUCGACCAUCUUUCCAUUUGACACAUCACCCAACCUCCAUUAUGGAAGUGUGUGUUGGUUAAAGAGCAGUGGGUCAUAUCCAGCCCAUCCUUUUGCUGUGAUAGGGCCAGCUGGAGUGGAUAGCAGGCCUUUGCCCCUGAGUCUGUUCCUUCAAGUUGCGAUGAGUAUUUAAACGAGUGUGGAUGGAAACCUGUUUGUUUCAACCAGUAGCAACCAUCACUUUUACAGGCCUGGUCUAUCAGCCAGAAGUGGGUGAAAGCGAAUAGUAGGUCACUUGUUUUACUAUGCCCCUAAUGAGGGUCCUGCAAAAACAAAACAUCAACGAGCCAAAGAGGAUUCACAGUGUAGCAUGAACUAGUUGUUUUGUGGGUCGCGCUUUGGAGCAUGCAGUAAUGUUGCUAAUUACUGCUCCACUUUCAGGUUUUGUCCUGGGAAAGUGAAUACCUCAUUGAAGAGGUACAAACUUCCCUACAAUUCCCCCUUACAAUGUUUGGACAGGCAUUAGAAGGGAUGCAGUUCCCUUUCUUUCAAGCAGUUUCAAUGUGCAAUUAUAAGCACCAAGUGGCUGUGCCUUCUCAUGUGCAAAUUUACAGCAGUGUGCUGCUUGAAGAACAACCUUACUAUUUUCCAGCUUGUAUGUGUGCUCAGUCUUAUUUUCUGAGCACAUGUGUGCACAGGAAAUGCACAAAGCCGACAACCAAAACAUUAAGAAAUGCAGCAAGAAGUAGACAUGUCCACGAAGACUGAAGAGUUUUAAGUGGAAACUUGUCCCAAGCCCUUUAGUGAGAUCAGAUUAGACAUUUUUAAGCCUUCUAAGGAUAUGACCAUCUACUUUGUGCUGAAACUUCCUUUUUUACACUGCAAGAAAACUGUCUAUACGUAGUGUGUGCGCAUAUAUAUAUAUGGUUGAAGCAGAGAAUAGCUGCAUUUUCUAAACUCAAUACAAGUACUGUACUGUUUAAGAAAAUUUUGUUGUAGAAUAUUCAAUUUCAAUAUCAAUAGCAAACAUACUACCUGACAUAUCUAACACCGAAGCCCUGUACAAUAGGUUGAAAUUACUACCUUCAUAGCCUUAUAGCUCAAAAGCGAGAGAGAAAAUGUGUUUGCUAAUAUAAUUGAAGAAUAGACAGAUGUAGAACUUCAGAAUGCAACCCUAUGCAUAAGAGAACAAUUACUCCUGUUAGCAUCACUGUUCAUGUAUGCAAUUAUGUACUUUCAAGUUUGUGCAGUCCUUCCUUUACAAUGGCAGAGAAUUUUCUAUGCUUCAUGUCAUUCUUUUGCUUAUUUCCCUCUCCCAAAGGGCUGUUCCUGUUCC